AUGCCGCGACUUGUGCGACGCGCGCCGCUCAUCGACCGCAUCAAAGCCUACCUCGACCCAUACGACCUCCUCCUGUGGAUCGCGGAAGAGCUGAAUGACGAUGCAUAUGAUGAGUGGCUGAAGGUCUGGGCUACGCCGAUCGGUAUUGGCCUCAAUAGCGUCUUCAUUUUGGCAAGAGGAGCAAGCAAACCAUACUCUGGGUCGGACGAUGUGUUUGGAGAUGAUGGCGGCAAAGGGAGUGGAUGGUUCGCAUGGAUGUGCGCAUUCCUUGUACACUUCCUGACAUUCUCAUGCUUGGUCAACACACUGUACACUUUCUUCCGCAAGCGUCACUACCGCAUGUUCGAGCAGCCAGUGGACCUGCCACCGGAGACACCAUCAGCACAUCGCGUGCGAGUAGACAGCUCUCCAGCAUCCUCUUCGCCUCUGCGGUAUAUGCAAAGCAUCAUCUCGAAUGCGGCCACUUCUCGUGCAUACCCCGAUGCGGAGCGUGAGGUUUGGGAAAUCAGCAUUUGGGACCCCAAGCCUUUCAAUCUGUCUCUCUUUACGAUCUUCUCGCCCGGCCACCUGGUGAUCUACUAUCUGCUGCUUCCGCCAGCGACUCUGGAUCCGCGACCGUCCGUCACCAUCAUGACUGCCGUUGCAUUCAGCGCGCUCCUGUCAUUACAGCUCGGAUUCCUCAAAACCUCAUUCAGUCAACAGUCGAAAGACAAAGCUCUUGUUCAUGGGGAGGUAAUGAACGAAUACGACACGAAGUUCGUCCAUCCAUUCCUCAACCGCCCGGUUCGCGACGUUGGCAUCCAAACUCGCGAAAGCGCUACUUCGCCUCAGGGCACCAAGACCCGUGAGGUCGACAUUUACACGCCUACAACGAUCGUCAAGCGAGGGUUCAGGACCAAUCCGAACACAAAUUACGCUAGCCAAUACGACCCAGACAACUUGUCAGCCCAGCCAUCAGUGUCGAGGAGAACCUCCGGCUACGGAAUGGACUUGAGCACGCCAACCUUGGAGACUCCGACAAAUGGCUACGUCAACGCCCAGACGCAGUCAUACUCUCGCCCGAGCACUGGUGUUGCCGACUUCUCAUCACCUCUCAAACCGCAUCACGAACAACUCCGACAACGCAGCCCUAUGAAAGGCGACGGAGGAAGCAUGGGCGUGUAUAGUCACGCUGCAAGCCCGCUGAGGAAGGCUGUUAGCACCAACAAACUCAAAGCAGGACGGGAAAGCGUUGAUAGACGCGGUGGAACUCCUUUGAAGAGAAUGAGUACGCCGAACGACCGUGGAAGUCUGCUCAAGGACGAGCGCAGACGGGAGAGUGGCCGAUUUUAG